UCGAUCACACUCACCCAAAACACAUUACCCUUUCGUUGUUCCACGUGAUAAAAAACAAAAUGCGGAAGCAUUUCCUCACAAUUUCUCUCUUUUUUUUUUCUUUAGCUCUUCCAAUUUUCAGCCAAUUAAAUCAAUCAUCAGCUUCCGUGGAAUGCAAAUCCUCACUUUACCCAAAACUCUGCCGCUCUCUUCUCUCCGCAUUUCAGCAUUCUCCUUCUAACCCAAAUGACAACUACAGCAAAUUCUCCGUCAAGCAAUGCCAGAAAAAAGCCAACAAAUUAUCCAAUUUAAUCGCGCAUUUCCUCUCAACACAGAAACAGAGAUCGCUAUUCGCCAAUACUAAAGAGAUUAGCGCAUUGACCGAUUGUCACCAGUUAUCUGAACUCACAGUCGAUUACUUAAAUUCAAUUUCCACCGAGCUUAAAAGAGCUGAUGUCUCCACUACUUCAGAGGAUUUAUUUGGGAAAAUCCAUACAUUGCUUAGUGCUGUGGUGACGAAUCAGCAGACGUGUUAUGAGGGACUGAAAGAAGCUGGUAGCAGUAUGGUGACUGAACUAUUGGCGCCGCUGAACAACGCCGCGGAAAUCUAUAGUGUGUCUCUUGGAUUGGUGACGCAUGCAUUGGAGCGCGUUCGAAAAUCCAGAAAGAGCGGUAGAUUGUUGGCGGAACACGGAGGAUUGAUGGAGGAAGAGUGGGCACGACGUUCGAGAUUCAUCGCUUCCAAGGUUAAACAAGCACUGGAGAUGUCUCAUCAAAGGGAUGGAAGGAUUCUUGACGAGUUAGUAGAAAAUGGAGUACACAUUAAGGAAACUGUAACAGUUAGCCCUUACGGUGGAUGCAACUUUUCAUCGAUAGGAGAAGCCAUUGCAUUUGCACCUAAUAACUCAAUGAUUGAUGAUGGCUAUUUUCUCAUCUACGCGAAGGAAGGAUACUACGAGGAGUAUAUUGUCGUGGCCAAGAACAAGAAGAACAUUAUGUUGAUUGGAGAAGGAGUUGAUCGCACUGUGAUUGCUGGAAAUCGAAGUGUCAUAGAUGGUUGGACAACCUACAAUUCAGCAACCUUUGCUGUUUCAGGGGAGCGGUUUGUAGCUGUGAACAUAACAUUCAAGAAUGUAGCUGGUCCUUGGAAGCACCAAGCUGUAGCUCUAAGGAACAAUGCAGACCUUUCCACGUUCUACAGAUGUCGUUUUGAGGGCUAUCAAGACACAUUAUAUGUGCACUCUUUAAGACAAUUCUACAGAGACUGCGAUAUUUAUGGUACUGUUGACUUCAUAUUUGGCAAUGCAGCUGCAAUUUUCCAAAAUUGCAAUCUUUUUGCUAGGAAGCCAAUGCCAGACCAAAAGAACAUCUUCACAGCACAAGGCCGGAGUGAUCCCAACCAGAACACUGGCAUUUCUAUCCAGAACUGCACAAUUCAAGCUGCCCCUGAUUUGGCACAGGACCCGAAUCUCACGUUGAGUUUUCUUGGUCGGCCUUGGCACAAUUACUCAAGGACUGUUAUCAUGCAGUCCUAUAUAGGAGACGUGAUCACGCCUGUUGGAUGGUUAGAGUGGAACGGAACGUAUGGACUAGACACCCUUUAUUAUGGGGAGUUUGAGAAUUAUGGACCAGGGGCUAAUACUACAAUGAGAGUACAAUGGCCUGGUUAUAGCUUAAUGAAUGCUUUACAAGCAAUGAACUUUACUGUCUAUAAUUUCACUAUGGGAGAUACUUGGUUGCCUUACACAAAUGUUCCUUUUUCUCAAGGACUCUAGUGGGAAAUUAAAUCUGUAUAAAUCAGAUAGUUUUGUGUACUUCUGUCACAUUCUUUUCUUCAAUUUUAUUCUUUAACUUAGUGCUAAGAAGAUCCUAGCUACAGAGUAUCACUAUCACUUCUGCUCUAGCUGAUGGGGAAAGGAAUUGAUAUAGCUUUUUCUACUCUUUAUAACAUGAUGUAGAAAUGUUUCUACAUCAUGUUAUUUUACAUUUGUUCUACUAGCUAGAUAAGCUAAGAAAUGUAUUUGUAUAGGCUCAAAGAAAAUGUCCAUGUAUUCAAUUAUCUCAGAAAAUUAGCAAGAAACAA